AUUUAAGAUCUUUCUCCCUGCCUGAGAAGCACAAGUGGACUGAAUCUUCAUCUUUCUGUAUCCUCGUCCUAGAUACCAAGGCAGCCAUGGGUAAUAACAGUGAUACAGUGGUGACUGAGUUUAUUCUGCUGGGUCUCUCCAACCACCCAGCAGCUCAGAUUGUGUUCUUCUGGGUCAUCUUGGUCUUUUACAUUAUCAACCUGAUUGGAAAUGGCCUUAUGGUUGCAUUGAUUAUCAUUGACCCCCACCUGCACACCCCCAUGUACUUUUUCCUCAGCAACCUGUCCUUCUUGGACAUUUGUUAUACUAGCAGCAGCAUCCCACAGGUCCUGGUUACCUGUGCCACAGAGAGAACUACCAUCUCCUUCACUGCCUGCAUGGCCCAGAUAUACAUUAGCUUAUAUUUUGGCACCACAGAAUGUAUCCUCCUCGCUGUCAUGGCAUAUGACCGCUUUGUGGCCAUAUGCAGUCCUUUACAUUACACAAUGAUCAUGAACUGGAACAUUUGUAUCCAUAUGGGACUUGGGACUUGGGGCAGUGGCCUUGUUUUGACUCUCAUCCCAACUGCGGUAGGUCCUGUGCGAUUUUGUGGCUCUAACAUUAUUAAUCACUUCAUAUGUGAGGCACAAACUGUUGCCAAGCUGAACUGCGCCAACACCCAGCUCAGUGAUAUCAUUUCGUUUGUCAACACGGUGGCAGUGCUUAUUGUCCCUUUCACUUUCAUCUUGAUGACGUAUUUGCGUAUUGGUUUGGCUGUGAGGCAGAUCCAUUCUGCCGAGGGCCGUAGUAAGGCUUUUUCCACUUGCAGUUCUCAUGUGGCCGUUGUCAGCAUUUUCUACAGCUCUGCCAUGUUUAUAUACCUUCAGCCAAAAUCUAAACAUGCCUCAGACAGAGACAAAAUGAUUUCGGUUUUUUACGGAGUGGUGACUCCCACACUCAAUCCUCUGAUAUACAGCCUGAGGAACAAGGAUGUUAAAGGGGCCCUCGGGAAACUAUUUGGAAGAGGAAGAGACAUCUGA